AUGCUUAUUACUAUUAUCAUUUUAGUAUUCAAUUGAAUCAUCCUUUUCUUUAAUUAUAAAUCCAUUGCCUCUAAUUAUAAACCAAUCUCUCUCUCUCUCUCUCUGGGCUCUGGACAUUGCUAGUACUAUUCUAGAAACCAAGUCCCCCACUUGUGAAAUUCUGGAUUUCAAAAGCAGUCAGCCUCCAAUCCAUCCAUUCAAAAUCGAGUCGUAUUAUUAUUAUUAAAAAACAAUCCGGAUCGACAAUGACGGGCGAGAAGGCUCGACCGGCGCUGCUGCAUGAGCUGCUGAAAGAGGAGCAAGAGCCCUUCCAUCUCAAAACCCACAUUGCCAACAAACAAUCCCAAAUCAAAGCCCUCCAGCGCAAACACGCCCGCUUCCUCUCCCUCGCCGCCUCUCCCCUCAAGAGCCCCUGCAAGUCCCCCGUCUUCCUCCACUUCCCCUCCCUCACCCAGGCCGCUCUCCGCAUCCAAAAACAGCCCCGCUUCUCCCUGCUCUCCUCCUUCCUCAAACGCCUCAACAACCGCAACCGCGCCAUUACUCAACCAAAUCAAACCCAAGAAGAAGGAAAGUCUUUGGAUUUCGAGGCGUCCACCAGCACCCGCGUUUCUCACGAGUUUUGUCUCAACGAUGAUGAUGAUGAGUGUUUCUGCUCCAGUCCCUUUCGAUUCUCUCUUCACCACAGCCCCUCCACCGCCCGCCUCACGCCCGAGUUUUCCUCGCCGCCGGCCUCACCCCGCCGCCGCGCAAAGCAACAGGCGAAGGAAAAUUCAGACAAUGUGCAAGGAGACGAGGAGGAAGAGAAGGAGCAAUGCAGUCCGGUAUCGGUGUUGGAUCCUCCGUUUGAUGAGGACGAUGUGUGUGAAAGCGGUCGUGCAGAUGAGGAGGAAGAAGAAGAUGAAUAUGAAGAUGAAGAAGACUAUGAUAUGGAUUGCAGCUAUGAGAAUGUACAGAGGGCCAAGCAGCAGCUUAUGCACAGGCUAAGGAGAUUUGAAUUACUUGCGGAAUUAGACCCUGUUGAGCUCGAGAAGAAGCUUCAGGUCGAAGGAUCAGAUGACGAAGGCCAUGUGGAACGAGAUGGAGAUGAGCCAUUUUCACCAUACAGACAGCAGCCCGGUGCAGAGCCAUUGUCGGCUGACAUGAAGAGGCUCGUGUCUGAUCUCAUAGUCGAGGAGAAGAGGCAGAUGGUUCAGCCGGGAGGUAGUGAAGUCAUGAUGGGGCGAAUCUGCAACCGAUUGGAUUCGUGGAAGGAGGUCGAGUUUGACACCGUAGAUAUGAUGAUAGGAUUGGAUUUCAAGAAAGAAUUAGAUGGAUGGAGUAAGCAUGGGGAGCAAAUUCAGGAGACAACAGCAGAAAUUGAGGUUGCAAUAUAUUUACUGCUAAUUCAAGAAUUGACAGAGGAAUUGUUGAUCUCAUGAUAUUGAUUAUCAUAGAAUUAGUUGUCUGAUCCGAGGAGUUAGUUAGAUUUGUAGAGUAUGUAAUGUGUAAGCUAAAUUCUUGAGUAUUUUGGGAGUCAUGAUAACUAAUUCAAUACAUAUCUAAAUUUUAUUUC